CGGAGCUUAUAGUACACACUGGCACCAUCAUGAUUAGCUCAAUAUCCUAUCCCAAAACACUCCACCCUCUUCAAGUUUUCUCCAUGAAAUCUCCUCCAUCUUCUUCCCUAAGCUUCACGAGGAUCAAAACCCUAAUUCACACCCUCAUAUUCUCACACGUGUGCCGCAUCGUUCGCGGUCUCUCCAAAGCCAAGACCAUCCUCAUUGAAGUCGUGAAAGAAAUCCAGCCCGUCCAUUUCAUGUACAAGAACAAAAACAAGAACAAGAAGCUGUUCUUCGGGUCAUUUAGGCUGCACUAUAACUGGUGCUCCUCGCAUGUUGUUCCGGUGCCGGCGCCGUUUUCGGAGACCCAUUUGUACUAUGACUCCACGUGGAAUUCUGGGCUUUCGACGGAGCAAGCGGGCGAGGUGGCCGCCGGCGUGGGGGAGUCGUCGCAGCUCUCCGGUUACCUCCAAUGGCUUGAGGAAAAGGUUCACAAUAAUUCGGCCACUGAGAAGGAUAUCAAUGACAUCGAUAAGCUUGCCGAGAUGUUCAUAGCGAGCUCCCACCAGAAAUUUCAGCUGGAGAAGCAGGAAUCCGCUAGGAGAUUCCAGGAAAUGAUGGCUAGAAGCAUGUGAUGGAUCAUGUGAUGAUUCGAAGCUAGACGACCGACAUGGAUGCUGGAUAUAUGGAAGCAUGUGAUUUCUCCAACAGAAGCUGGUUAGAAGAAGCAUGUGAAAUAUAUGAUGGUGUUUUGUUGUACAAUUCUACUUUCCCCAUUCUCUUAUGUCAAUGAUUGGUUGGAUUCAGUUUGUAAUUUGAAGUUCGAUCUGCUUUUCCUUCUUCUCACUUGGUUUUUGUGUUUCUUUCCAACUGACGGGAUUUGGAGAAUUGUACAUGAUGUGCUCUGGGGAUUUGUGCAAUUCUUCUAUUCAAUCCAUUGUGGUGGUGACCACUUGCAAGGACAAAUUGGUAGCAAUGUCCUUUGAAUAAUUCUACUUUCUGGAAAUUUUGUCCA